UCACCAAAACCGCACGGCGACCAAGCCCUGUGUUUCUUUUCUCGUUCCCUCGCCGUUCGGCGCCGGGAAGGAGAAGGGUCUUCGCUUCGAUCGGUGGCCAUCGGAGGAGGAGGAGGAGGAGAUGAAGCUGUCGUCGAGGUGCCCGCCGAUGGUCGUUCGGCCAUCAUCCGCCACCUCUGCUCCUUUCCGAGGACGCCGCCGACCACGCACUAGGUUGGAAAAGGGUUAAGUGGAUCGAAUGAGGGAGAGAAUCCUUUUCGAUUGCUCCGGGGAAGUAGAUGUCUGCUGGAUAAGUUAUUGGAUUCUAACUGAGAAUGGCGAUUCUUGCAAUCGGUCAUGAUCUAACACGAUAACAUUCAGUUGUUCAUUCCAUGGUAAAGAAGAUGUUACUCAGUUGCUGCGAAAAACUUGAGGCUUCAAUUAUUUAUAUAUAGCCAGGGGUUGGAGCUUUGGAGCUUAUCAAGAGAAAUACUGCAUCUGUUUUUGUUAAAAUUUGCAUAAAUGGAUGUGAUGCAAAGCUUAUCAAGAGAAAUUCUGCAUCUUUUGGUGUUAAAAUGGACCUUGAAGGAAUUCAUGCCUGCUAAUGUGCAUCAGACUGUUGGAGUAUCACCUAGUUUGCUCAUGGUAACGUCAACAUACUCUUCAUGCUCCUUGGCUACUAUUUGGCAUUUCAGAAUCAGACGGUCUUAUAUGAGAUAAUGUUGCUGGCCCAGUUUAAGCUAUGAUGUUGGUGCAAACUCGAUCUCCUCUCAAUCAAGUAAAAUUAUUGUGGUAGUGUCUUUUUCAGGUAAUGAGAAUCCCACAUGGGCCUUUUGAAUAUAUUCCUUAAUUCCUAGGAAAUGUCAAUUUUCUUUUCUUAGUUUUUACCUGCUCUUGCAAUUUUGUCACUGAAGGAAUAUUGAGUAGUCGAUGCUGUCCGCGGUUGCAUGUCUAGCCUGGUAUUAUUUUCAAACUUACAUGUACUUGUGGUCCUUUACAUUGCGGGCUGGCAUCUUCUGUCCUCUACAAUCUUAAACAGUACUGAAAAUAGAAAACAUUUACAAUGUGGUUUCAGAUAUGGUCCCAUAAGCUUGUUCAUCAUAUCAUUGCCACUAAGAGAUAUGGAAUUUAAGUUUAGGUUCACGUGAUAAUUUCCUGAUUUGAUUUCAGAUUAUGUUUUACCAAAGGAAGUCUAUCGAAGCUGCUUUGGACGCUUGCAGAUAUUAGUCGCAUUGGCAAGGAGAAAGGGCAACGAUUGCUCAACUCGAGGUAAGGGUUCUGAUCGCCAUUUAUCAUGGAUAUUCGCAUGCUCUUUUUUCUGGCCCAUUUAAAUUGGCAAUCUAACCGGUUUAACUGGCUUAGUUUGUAUAUUAAUUGGGGCCUCAUAAUUGCAUGAACAACUUAAGGUGGCCAAAUAGAAGUGUGCUGGCCCAAUCAUGCGAUCUAUAGCUGAAUCAACAGACCGUUGACCUAGUGUUAAGUUUUUCCUUGGAGUACGUAGCGUCAGAUAGUUGUCGAGGUAGUGCUCGGGUAAAAGACUUGCUAUUUGUUUAUAUGGGUUUGCCUCCUAUUUCUUCACAUGCACUAGGUACUGAUAUGCACAACCACAUUCGCAUUUGCCUGGUCCAUCCAUCUUUUAUUACGCGGUACAACAUCUAGUUAACGCCGGCGUGACCAGUGAAUAAUUAGGCUUUCCAAUGCGGGGGCUUAUUGAGCACCAAAUUUUCGAGGACCACUUCUCUCCAAAGUCUUUUACAGAUUGCGAUCUCCAGAUUAUACGAUUAGGUACUGCUUUUGCUUUACAUCACAACUCACAGGUGAGCACAAAGCACCAACGACAGAUGGAAACACUUUGAGAUCGUCAUCAAGCCUUUCGUUUACGCCAUCCCCAGGGGGCCAGCCUUUCAUCAUCAUUUGCCACCACAGAGUGCUUUCAGAUCCAAUCUGUUGACAGCCAGGUAAAAGUACUGCAGAGAUCCUCUUCUCCCUUCCACAACCAAGAACUUCUCCCUCGGUCCGCCGUACCACUUUCUUCUCAAACCUGAGUGCUCGACAACAUGGUGGCAACAUACCCCUCUUUGACUUCAUCAGCACAGUAAGAAGUUGGUCCCCUCCUUGGGCCACUGCUUCAUUAUUAGUCCAAAGGACUGUCCUUCCCCUUCUUUUAUCAUCAACUUCAUACAGAGACUCUUUCAAAUUAAACUGGUCCCAUGCUAAAAAGAAGGCAAUGAGAUCUCCUCUUAGAUCUUGAGUCCUUGUCUGUGGUGCUGGUGGAUUCUUUGCUAGAUUGCAUGCUGGUGUGGGUCAAGUUCUAAGAGGGAGCACGGUGGGGGACGAUUACUUGGUGGCAAAGGCGUGGUAGAUGUAGUGUUAGCAGUUCAGAGUGGGUGGCGGUGGUGGUGGUGGUGACCUCAACAAAGACUUGGAGAGUUAGAGUGGAUCUUUCGGCUUCUAGGAUCCAAUAAUGGAACCACUUUUUUAAACGAGUGCGUGGGUGAUGUUUCUUGUCUGGUUGCGUUUAGCACAUGUAUUUGCAAUUUUCCACCAUGCAUACUAGAUUUAUGCUGGUUGAGACCAAACUAGGGAAAGAUAUGGUUGCUAUUGUAAAAUCUAAAUCGUUAUCAUCUUCACUAGUGUAGUAACCAGGUCUACACAACCCCACAGGGCAUAUUUCCACGUGUGUUACGUGGUCUUUGAUGGAAAAGUCCAAAGGAUCAGUGACCGGAGUAGCCUUUAGGACGAAAAUUUUGUGGCAUAUGAUGUUUGGUGAAGGAUACAUCGGCGAGGGAUUUGAGGCCUUAAUGUGGCGCGGUGUCUUGAGCAUGUCGAUGGGCGCGAGCAAGGAUGCGUCGGUCUCACUCCGAGACCCUUGCCGUGGUCCAACCCAUCGACGCAUGUCUGCCAUUGUAUCCGAUCCUGAUUUGAGCACGGUUUUUGGCUUAUGGUCUAUAAUCUGACACGAAUUCAUUUUUGUAUCAUCCCAGAUGUUGCUACGGUCAGAAUAGGGCUGUAGGAGUGUCGGAAGCUGAUAUAGCCUCAUUGUGUGUAGAGGAAUCAGUUUUUGUAAUCCUCGAGCUAUCAUCAUGCUGUCAUAAGAUAAAUGAACGUGGAAGCCAGCAAGGUUUCCCAUAAGAUAAAAUCAGUUUUAGAACAUGGAAGAGUUCAAAGGUCUCGUGGAACCAGUUUGUGUCAUACACACGUCUCAUUUUUUUUAUUGCUGAUCAUCAAUUGUUCUCAUCUUGUCGUUCAUCUCAUCGAAUAAGCUGAUUGUUUCUAAUCGAUUGGAAUGUGAGUUACUUGAGCUACUGCCUCUCAUCCAUGUGUGAGGGCCAUUCUCCCUUCCAUGCCUUCAACCUACCUUUUUCUGUCUAUUUUGCCGGAUCUUAUGCUCCCACCAUGUAGUGACCCCCUUUCUCGCCACGUUUAGCGUGGUGCAGAAGAGGGGGGAAACAAGAAAAGGCCAUAACACUGGAGAAGCCUUGGCCAUGUCCCAAGCUUGAUUACAUCAGAAAAUUAAUAUCUCCUACCCUUUGCGCGCUCUCUCUCUCUCUCUCUCUCUCUCUCUCUAGUUCGAAUUACGUGGUUCGAACUAGUUCGUCGACACCAUUGGAAGGGAAUGUUGUACGAGAUGUAACUAUCCAAACUGCGUCACUUGGGUUCCAAAGAGUGGCAUCUAUUCGGUUGCAGUGUUUGCGGCUUAGAUAAAAAGUGUGACCGGAGUUAAUUAAUUGGAGUGGGAAAAAGGAGUGACUGAUAGAUUAUUUGGAAUGGAAGGAUGACUACAAUCCCUGGUUCACCAUUGACUUGCCUUCCUUGCUUUCAAGGAACUAUACUAGAUAAAUAACCAGAACAAACACCACCCGGCCAAUUGAUUAAUCAAGGGAAGUAGAGAAUGCAAGUAAUGGAUGAGUCGGCACAGAAACAGGAUUAAUUUUAUGUAUUUAAGUUUUUAAAUAUGAAGUCAACAUAAGCUUAGUGGGACAAAUGUAAAGGGGUAUAUGUAUAAAAAUUGCAAGAAAAAGUUAUUCGAAGUUGUGGAGAAUAAAACAUAAAGGAAAGCGAUAUAAAAUCCAUUACCGGGGGAAAGAAAUGAGAGGAGAGCAUAAAUGACAAAGCAGAGUGAGCGAGCGAGUGAUGCAGGUAAAUGGAGAGGGUAUAAAACUGGAAAGCACAAGGAAGGUGCGAUUGCUGAGAGAGUGGUGGGGGACCCUCAGGAGGCUAAAAGCUUCCAAAGAGGAAGCCUUUCUCCGCACCUACAAAUACCCCCCCUCCUCCCCUCCUCCCCUCCUCGCUCCUUAGCGGCCUUGCGUGAUUCCCUCUUCUUGGAAGCACAAACCAACCCGUCGCAUCCCUCCCCUGACUCCGUUGUGUUCUCUGCCUCCCGGACCAAGGAAAGCAAGCUUUGGACUUUGCAUGUCAUCCUUAUUUGAGUGACACUCGUAAUCACUCUGCUUUCCGACCGUCCGGCCAAGGAAAGAUGUCGGUGGCUGUCAUUCAAAGCUCGCCCGCAAGCUUCAACUUGGGCCACCGCAACUGGCUAUCGCCAGCGGAUCGAUACCGGAGCGAAGAAGACCGUCCUCCGGCGCUUAAGGAGGGCGGCGAGGAGCCUCCCUCGCAAUUCGAUAUAUGGAGCGCGAUCCAGUCGCAGAAGACGGCCGCUGCCGCAGCUGACCAGCCGGCGACUCCUUAUGUUCAUCCCCUCGUGAGGCCCUCUUCGAGCUCGCUAAGCCAGAAGAGCCUUGAGAUAUGCACGGAGAGCCUUGGCUCGGAGACCGGCUCCGACGACUUCUUUUCCUUCAUGGACGACCUACCCUUGCUCGACGAUAAAGAAAAAGAAGAGGAGACGAAAUAUGUCCAUGAGAAGCAAGAUGCAGCAGCAGAGGCAGGCGAGGUAAUAGCAGCGGAACGCGGAGAGCGGUCUCCCCGAGGCACGGAGCUGACAUCGGUGAACUACCAUUGCUCCAUUAGCAGGCGGUCACCUCCGAGGUCGUUCCCUCCGCCGCUCCCGUCGAUUUCUCGACGCGACGGCCCCUGCUUCCACAUGCGGCCUCACCGCUGCGACGGGCGCCUCGUAGUCGAAGCCGUCCCCGUCCCUCCUCAAAACUACCUCCAUGCCCGGCGCGUCGACGGCCGCCUCGUGCUCUCCUUCAUCGAUACCAUUUACGGAGACGAGCCCGGUUACGAGUCCGAUGCCUCUGACGCUGCCGCUGAAAUCACACAAACAUUAACAGAAGAAGACGUCGAGAAAGAAAAAGAAGAAGCUACAGAAAGCGAAUCAAUGGGAAUAACACAGUUAAGAGUGAAAGAAGAAGAACUAGAAGGAAACAACCGUUAUGGUGGAGAGGAAGAAGAAUUAGAGGAAAAUAACUGCUACGAAGAAGAGGAAGAAGAAGAGGAAGUGGAAGUCGUCGACAGGGGAACCGUCGUCGAGGUAAAGGUGAGCACGCAACCGCAGCAACAGAGCGGUGCCAUGAAGGUUCACCGGUCUUCGCUCGUCAUCAACAAGUUCGUCGGAGAUAUGCCGCUGAGUGGCAUGGCCGAACACGAGCCAUCCGCGCAGGAGGAGGACAACACAAGCAGCCAAAACAAGCACAACCACACUGUUUCAUCGGCACCGACAGCCAGGCGGGCGUCAUCGAUAACCACCACUGCAGCGGCUGCAGUAGUGGCGGCAUCCACGCUCGGUGUCAGCACAGAGAGCCACCACGAUCACGGCUACGGCAGGACAUGGACAGCGGUCGGCGGUCAUCGCCCUCCGCUCGACAACAAGCUGCUCUUCACAUCGAAGCGGCGGAACCGCGAAGAGUUGCUGCACAACAUGAGGAGGUGCAGCCAGCUGCGCAGGCCAUUGUUCAUAUGGGAGCCCUACUGCAUUGCCACUUCCUCCUGAGACUCGAGACAGUCUCUCGAGGAUCCACCUUCAUGCUUAAUAGCCCAAGAUCGCUGCUGCGGCUGCUGCUACUAUUCAGGCUACCAAGUAUCAGCAUCGCAUGACAAAGAAAGACUCACUGUUUGGUUUCCUCUGCAUUGUAUCGUGGUCAUUCUUCUACUGUUAUUAUUAAUUUUUUGGGAACGACCAACGUCCCUUUUUUCCAACCAGUGAUUGGAUUUGAUUUCUAGAAUGAAAGAUUUGGGAUCUUUAUGAUUA